AUGGGCAAAAUUUGGCUACUGGCUCGGACUACUCUUUUCCGCGACUUUUUUAAUCACGCGAUUGGACAUUCAGUUGAGAGUGGAGUGCCCAAAAAGUACAAGCUCUUAGACCUGGCGCUGAGCAAAUAUAAAAACCUAUUUGGUUGUCAUCAACGACAGGAUGGAUAG